CUAUCUGCGUCGGUCGCUGAUAAGAAAAUAAGCCAGAGGAGGCCAGAGUCAGCUAUCCAGCCAUUGUAAAGAUCCCUAAAGUCACGAGGAAAUGGGAGCAGGCUUGUCAGCUGAAGCCCGCAAACUUAUCUCGCUGUCGGAAGCAGGUGAUGUCGAGGCGCUGCAGAAGGAGCUCGAAUCUCUCCCUGAGGGCUCACUGAAGCCUUAUUUAGAUGCGAAUCCUCUGCAUAGCCCUGCCCAGCGGGGUUACGAAGCGGUCGUCAGGUUUCUCCUGGAGAAGGGGGCCCAAGUCAAUGAUAAAAACGACAAUGGUGAACGUCCUCUGCAUUGUGCUGUUCGAGGUGGUCAUGAUGCACUUGUCGAGUUGUUUUUAACGAAGGAUGCCAUCAAGAUAGAUGCUACGGAUGGAGAGGGUCGGACUCCACUGCACCGGGCCGCUGAAGCAGGUCACAGCAGGAUAGUAAAGAUGCUCCUCGCGAACGGUGCCAAUGUAAACGCCAGAAGAAAGGAUGGAUGGAGUGCACUCCACGAAGCCGCUUUCAAAGGACACUGGACGAUUCUGGAAGAACUCAGGUACCGGGGAGCUCAGGUGGGCCUGCUCAACAAAAACAACGACACGCCCCUUCACCUCGCAGCUUCGCAAGGCCACCCCCUCGCUCUCUUCACGCUACUGACGUUAGGCGCCUCGGAGUGGCAGAGGAAUAAGGAAGGAAAGACAGCCGCUGACCUAGCAACGGCGAUACGCACCGUUGGCGAAUAUGACAGGCUAUUAUCCCAAUGCAUCUCCAUUACAGAAGCAACGCAGAAGUGGGUUGCAGCAGAAAAGGAAAACAUCAAACUGCAAAAAGAAAACGAGAAUGUGCAGGAGAAACUUGAGCAGCGAAUGGAAGAAAUAGCUAGGAACGACGAAGUUAUAAGUACUCUGCAGAAGGAAAAGGGCGACUUGAUGGAAAUAAAUAGGAUGCAGGAAGCGAGGAACAAAUCGCUACAGGAAAAACUUGAGCAGCGAAUGGAAGAAAUAGCUAGGAACGACGAAGUUAGAAGUACUCUGCAGAAGGAAAAAGGCGACUUGACGGAAAUAAUCAGGAUGCAGGAAGCGAGGAACAAAUCGCUGCAGGAAAAACUUGAGCAGCGAAUGGAAGAAAUAGCUAGGAACGACGAAGUUAGAAGUACUCUGCAGGAGGAAAAGGGCGACUUGACGGAAAUAAUCAGGAUGCAGGAAGCGAGGAACAAAUCGCUACAGGAAAAACUUGAGCAGCGAAUGGAAGAAAUAGCUAGGAACGACGAAGUUAGAAGUACUCUGCAGGAGGAAAAGGGCGACUUGAUGGAAAUAAAUAGGAUGCAGGAAGCGAGGAACAAAUCGCUACAGAAGCAGCACAAAACCAAGGUAGCAGAAUUGAAGAAUAAAGACGCUGAACUCAAUGAAUUACGCGAACAGAUAAGAAGUGACCAAUCCGAAAUGCUAGAUCAGCAAGUGAAAUAUGUGGCUGUAGAAACAGAAUACGAAAAUCUACAGGAACGUGUCAAGUCUUUGGAGGUUCAUCUACAGGAAGAAAGGAGAAAGAACCAAAAACUGAAAAUGGACUUAAGAGAGAGGGAAGAUCAUCUCACGCAAACCGAGGAACAACACAUACAAAAGGUAAAAAAUCUUCGAAAAUCGCAGCGCAAAAAGGAGGAAGAAGCAAUUAAAGAGAAAAAAGAAAUGGAAAAAAAUCAGGCAGAGGAGACUGAGUUGCUGAAGGCAAAGUUAGAUGAGCGAGAACAGGAACUUAAGGAACUAAAUUCGCAACUGGAAGACUUAAAGAUGAAGGCCAAGGUAGAUGAGCGAGAACAGGAACUGGAAGACUCAAAGAUGAAGGCCAAGGUAGAUGAGCGAGAACAGGAACUGGAAGACUCAAAGAUGAAGGAACAACACAUACAAAAGGUAAAAAAUCUUCGAAAAUCGCAGCGCAAGAAGGAGGAAGAAGCAAUUAAAGAGAAAAAAGAAAUGGAAAAAAAACAGGCAGAGGAGACUGAGUUGCUGAAGGCCAAGUUAGAUGAGCGAGAACAGGAACUUAAGGAACUAAAUUCGCAACUGGAAGACUUAAAGAUGAAGGUCUCAUCGGAGCCGAAGAUAUCAAGCCCUUGCGUUCCCGUGACCUUGGAGGCGUAUUUACCACUCAGUCGUCCAGAGAGGAAGAUCAAGGCUAAAAGAACCUCAGACUUGAGUGAUAAGUCUAAACAAGCCUCAGGCGACGAUAACUCAGCAAGUAGGCAGGACCAAUCUCCGCAAGUAGCGAAGUUUCCAGAAGCCAAUGACGGGAUCAAUCUGCAACAAGCAGGUAGCGACGACUAUCCGCAUCAAACAGGUGGCCGCGACACUGACAACUAUCCACAAACAACAUUUACUGACAAGUAUCCACAAACAGCAUUUUCUAACAAGUAUCCACAAACAGCAUUUUCUAACAAGUAUCCACAAACAGCAUUUUCUAACAAGUAUCCACAAACAGCAUUUUCUAACACGUAUCAACAAACAACUUUUUCUAACACGUAUCCACAAAUAGCAUUUUCUAACAAGUAUCCACAAACAGCAUUUUCUAACACGUAUCAACAAUCAACUUUUUCUAACACGUAUCCACAAACAGCAUUUACUGACAAGUAUCCACAAACAGCAUUUACUAACAAGUAUCAACAAACAGCAUUUACUAACAAGUAUCCACAAACAGCAUUUACUAACAAGUAUCCACAAACAACAUUUACUGACAAGUGUCCACAAACAGCUGAAAAUAACAAAAAAUUACAUACAGCAGGCAGUGACAAAUAUCCACAAACAGAACACCUCAAUAACUACCCACGGACAGAAGACAACGGCAAGAAUCUUCAAACGCCAGACACCAACAAAUGUCCAAGGGGAGCAGGCAGGGGAAGGGGGCGGAGAAAAUCAGGCAAUAGGGGCAGGUUUAAUCAAGCAGCAGGCAUUAAUGAGUCUUCGCAAGCAGUAGGCAGAGGCAGACAUCCAGGAACAGUAGGCAGAAAUAGGGGUCGGAGAGCACCAAGCAAUGUUGACAACUCUCAGCAACCAACACAGAAUGAGUCGCCAGCCGUUGACAGUGGACGUGUUCAGUACCCUGCAAAUUUGAAUUCAAAUGAGAGUGACCAGUGAGUGAAUGAGCUAGUCAGAUACAGUAAAACCUGAGAAAACCGAACACCCAUGGGACUGUAAAAAAUGUCCGGUUUGGACAGUGAUCCGGUUUGGAGAGGGUGGUCUUUUAACACAGGCCGCCUAUUGAAAUGGGAAGGGACUGAGAAUAUCGUCCGGAAUGGACAGUGAUCCGGUUUUCUCAGGGUCCGGUUUUCUCAGGUUUUACUGUAUAUAAAGAGAUAGAGAGAUGAAGUAAGGUCGUAAUUUCAAAUUAUUGUAGAAAUAUCAUAUGGAUCACUAAUGUCACUAAUUGUUGUGUUGUCGAUUGUAGCGUUGUCGUCUGGUCGUGUGUGCCCGAAGCGCUGUUAAUAGUCUACGUUAAAACUGGAGGGUAGCUCUGACCGCUCGAUUUCAACUCCGUUUUCGAUCAAUUAUCAUCAAAUAAUUUUAUUGAUAGUAUUUUCACAUUAGAUCAUCUAUUAAUUUACCAUUUUCUUUAAUCUAAUUUCCAUUGUUCAAUUAUAUAAGUGUUAAUAUAUCUGUUCAUGCUCAUUAUACAGAUUUAUAUGUUUAUGUGUAUACCUUAUUUCACUAAAUAUAAUUAUAUGCUUUGUUGGUUAUUAUCUCUAUAUUUUAAAAAAAGCUGACUGGUUGGACUGCAGUAUAGGACCAUCAUACUUAUAUACUGGUUAACAAUUUAUUAAAUAAUCGGGAGUUACAAAGAAUUAUAUAUAUUUCACUCGUGCCACAAGAAAAUGUUUUUUGCUCUUCUUUCGUACUUUCGUACAUUACUCACCUCAUGUCUAUCCCUCUCUGAAGCUCUUGAUGAUUCAGACUUCCGAUGUUAACAAUUUAAGAUAAGAAAGAGGUAAAAUAAAUACCAUAAAUGUUGGUAUUACUGUUAUCACUAGCAUUAUUAUCGUUGUUAUGAUUAUCAUUAUCAUUGUUGAAUACAAUAAAGUUAAAUAGUGCAUUAAAAAAUACAUUACUCACCCCAUUAUCCCUCUCUGAACCUCCUAACAAUUUAGGCCUCCGAUGUUAACACUUAAAAAAAAAAAAAAAGUUACAGAUGAAAUAUUAUAUAGUUUAUUAGAGCUGUUAUAUAAGGAAAGAGGAAAUAGAACAAGAAACACAACGCAUCCUAUAGAAAAAAGGAGCUCAAAUUAAACCAAACACAGAAAGUAAAAGGCAAGUGAGCAUAAUUAAAAGUAUAUCAAAUAUGAAAUUACCUACAGAAGAAAAAUGAAUAGAUAAAAAUGAAUAAAUAGGCCAUAUAUAACGUAACUAAAACAAUUUAAAACAGAAACCUAAAAACAAGCUUACAAAACUUACAACAUAAUGAUAAAUCUAAUC